GAGCGAGCGGCAGCCAUGAGCCUGGCGGUGGGUGCGGGGCGCCGCCUGCUCGGGGUCCUGCGGCGCGUGGCUGGGCAGCGCGCGGGCGGAUCGGGGCCGCAGCCGGGUUUGCUGCAGCGCCUGGCGCUCCGUAUCCGCACCGCGGGGCCCCUCUCGGUGGCCGAGUACAUGCGGGAGGCGCUCACCCACCCCGCGCAGGGUUACUACAUGCAUCAUGACAUGCUUGGAGAAAAGGGGGACUUUGUGACUUCACCUGAAAUAAGCCAGAUCUUUGGGGAGUUAAUAGGGAUAUGGUAUGUUAGUGAAUGGAUGGCCACUGGCAAACCUAAAACUUUUCAACUUGUGGAACUGGGCCCAGGUAGAGGCACUCUUACAGGUGAUAUUUUACGGGUCUUUCACCAGCUUGGCUCUUUACUCAAUAAAUGUAACAUUUCUAUUCAUCUGGUCGAAGUGAGCCCCAAAUUAAGUGAGAUCCAAGCACUGACCCUGACAGGGGAGAAUAUACAACCAGAAUCUGAUGAUACUUCCCCUUUCUACAUGAAAGGUACUAGUAAGACUGGAAUUCCAAUUUUCUGGUACAGAACCCUUCAAGAUGUGCCACAAGGUAACAGCUUUUAUUUAGCACAUGAAUUUUUUGAUGCUCUACCAAUACAUAAAUUCCAGAGAACAGAAAAGGGCUGGCGUGAAGUGUUGAUUGAUAUAGAUCCAGAAGUUCCAGAUAAGCUGCGGUUUGUUCUGGCACCAGCUGUCACCCCAGCUGCCAAAUAUUUUAUACAGGAUGAAGAACCAAGGGACCAUGUGGAAGUAUGUCCUGAUGCUGGUGUCCUCAUUCAGAAAUUUGCUUGCCGCAUUGAAAAGGAUGGAGGAGCUGCAUUGAUUGCUGAUUAUGGUCAUGACGGAACCAAGACUGACACUUUCAGGGGUUUCCGCAAUCAUAAGCUUCAUGAUGUUUUGAUAGCACCUGGUACUGCAGACUUGACAGCAGAUGUUGACUUCAGCUACCUCCAAAGGAUGACUCAGGGAAGAGUAGCCACCCUGGGGCCUAUAGCACAACAAGAAUUCUUAAAAAAUAUGGGCAUUGAUGUCCGGCUACAGGUACUGUUGCAGAAUUCACACGAUGUGACAGUUCGUGAGCAGUUGAUUCGUGGCUACCAGAUGCUUACCGAUCCCAAGAAAAUGGGAGAGCGUUUUUAUUUUUUUGCACUGCUGCCUCAUCAUAGACUUAAAAGUUCUGACAAGCAAGUGAAUCCAGGUCAUGCAAAAUCUCCUGUCCCUGCACCUAUUGCUGGAUUUGGUGAAAUGCUGUGGCAGUAAAUCCAAAAGUUCCUGUUCUUGAUAAAAUAGGAAAGUUUUCCAUGCUAACCUAUUAAAAGAAUGACAGUAAAAAGUCUAUUUUUAUAUUUACACACACACACACACACACACAGAAUUAAGAAAAUAACUAUGGAAUUUUCUUGCAAAAGUCACCGCCUUGCAUAAUUACAAAUACUGUUAAGAUGUAUCCACAUUAGUCUGUCUUUGUGCUAACCUGUAAACACAAAAUCUCCCACUUUUCUGUCCUACUUUCCCAGGCAGCUUCCUUGUUUAUUACCUCAGGUGUAUCAGCACUUCAGUGCUGGCUGGAGCCCUAAGAAAUCUUAAAGGGUCAGACACAUGCCCCACCCCCACUUUGAUAAGUAUUUCCUGCCAGUCACAAGCAACUUUAUUUUCAGCCCUGCUAUUCAUUGUUGUUACUGCAACAUCCUGUAGCUUAAUCAGUUGGAGGUAACGAAAAUGACCUGCCAGAAAUGGAGCAAGUUUUACACACUAACAAACUCACUGGACAGUAAUGAAAAUAGGUUUCAGUGGAGUUUUACCCUUCAGCUUAAGUCUUGCUAUAAAGCUUAGCAAAGCACACUGUGAAGUUAAAGGUUACUAUUUCCUUU